UCGUAGAGCCUCUCGCUUCAGAACAAGAAAAGGACUAACAAGUUUAAAGUUGGAAACAAAAUAACUGACAUUUCAGCGUCGCUUCACGGACUAUUACUACAUCAAAUUCUCGAUCACUUGACUUGGAGAAACUUUUCAAGCGCGCUGGGUUUGUUUCAUUUAUCUAGCUGUAUGUAUUUAGAGCUAUCCUUCUGUACUAUGGUCAUCAUGGAAGUGCCCACUAUCGAUUCGGCCUCACUUCGGCAUCUGUUGGAGGGAGACGACCCGGACUGCCUGGUUUUGGACUGUCGCUCCUUCUUUUCUUUCAGCGUGUCUCACAUUUCGGGCUCCAGUAAUGUGCGCUUCAGUACUAUCGUGCGCCGGAGGGCCAGAGGGGGUCUGGGGCUUGAGCACAUUGUGCCCAACGAGGACACAAGGAACAGGCUUCUGUCCGGGGAAUACCAGAGUGUCGUUUUCCUGGAUGACCACAGUCUAGAAAUGGGAGAAGUGAAGAAAGACGGGACUUUAAUGCUCGCUGUGAACGCGUUGUGCCGCAAUCGAUGUGGAGCAAGUGUAUACCUUCUUAAAGGUGGAUUUGACACAUUUUCCGCCGAAUUUCCUGAAAAGUGUACAAAGCCAAUUCCUCCUCAAGGCUUGAGUUUACCUCUGAGCUCCAACUGCCAUUCAAACACUGCUGAUUCCUCCUGUAACACAUGUACAACCCCUCUGUAUGAUCAGGGUGGCCCUGUAGAAAUUCUGCCCUUCCUAUAUUUAGGCAGUGCUUAUCACGCUUCCAGAAAAGACAUGCUGGACAUGUUGGGGAUCACCGCUCUUAUUAACGUCUCUUCCAACUGCCCCAACCACUUUGAAGACCACUACCAGUACAAAAGUAUUCCAGUUGAAGACAACCACAAAGCUAACAUCAGUUCCUGGUUCAACGAGGCCAUUGAAUUUAUCGAUUCUGUACGGAAUAAAGGUGGACGUGUCUUUGUUCACUGCCAAGCGGGAAUCUCGCGCUCCGCCACCAUCUGUUUGGCUUAUCUGAUGCGCACCAACCGUGUCAAACUGGAGGAGGCCUUCGAGUUCGUCAAACAGCGUCGCAGCAUCAUCUCGCCCAACUUCAGCUUCAUGGGCCAGCUUUUACAAUUCGAGUCCCAAGUUCUGGCCUCCUCUACGUGUUCCUCAGAAGCAGGAAGCCCCGCCAUUGGCAAGAACAACACUGUGUUCAACUUCCCCGUCCACACAGCAGCCAGUCCUCUUUCCUUCCUGCAGAGUCCCAUCACUACCUCACCCUCCUGCUGAGACGCACUCCUUAAAGUGGUCAGACUCCUUAUCUCGCCUGUCAAAUGGGGAGACUUUUAUUUAUAUGAAGAUUGUAUGAUCCCUGAGGUGAUCUUGCCAGUAUUAAAAGGCUUGGGAAUCUUCCUGAGUGUACCUGUUGCUAACUGUUUUCCACGAUUGCUCAAUUUGACGAUGGCUAAUGUAGCCUAGAACUCUGUUUUAGCAUUUUUACACUGUGAUCCAUAUUUGACUUAACCUUUUUUUUGAACACAAAAGAUAUUUUGAGAAAUGUUGAAAAUCUGUACCCAUUGACCUCCAUUGUAUUUUUUUUCUACUAUGGAAGUCAAUGUUUACAUGUUUUCAAAAUUUUCUUCAAAAUAUAUCCAUUUUGUGUUCAAAAGACAAAAAAACAGGUGAGAAUUUCAUUUUUACGUGAACAAUCUCUUUAAAGUAGAAACUGUCCUCCAUUUUAUUAUUAUUUUGAUCUUGAUAAUCAGUUUUGUGGUCAUUUGUUGGCAUCAAAGUAGCCCCAUGUCUUAUAGGUUACUCAGGGAUUGUUGUCCUUAUGUUGUUGUUUUUUAUUAUGCGAGUCUGAGGAGGAGGGAAGUCACUAGACUUGAAGGUGCUAUCAAAAAGUACUGCUACGAUUUUUUUUGUUUUCCAACUUAGAACAUUGAAUGUAGUCUUUCCAGGCUCUGCCGUAAGACAGCGGAUGUUGAAGUGUUUUAUUUUGUACAAGCCUGUCAUGCCUUUUCAAAAAGUUGGUUGUCGGUAAACAAACAGUGAAUACCUCAUGUGUCUGUACUGUUGUCAGUCCGGUAAGAGUCCUCUUCCCAUAAGCACUACUAACAGGAAUGACUCUUACAGGCCUUUUUUUGAUAUGUGACUAUUUAUUGACUAAAUUAAUAUAUUUCUUAUGCUAUAUUUUUUCAUAUAUUUGUGAUACUUGCUGACAAAUAAACAUGUUUUUAUAUGCAA